AUGUCAUCAGGAGAUCCUGUCGUACAGACAUUAGAUGGAGGAAAAUAUGAUUUUAACGGUCAUGGUGAAUAUGUAUUUCUGACAGACGGGAAAAACUUUGAAAUACAAGCUCGAACAGAGUAUGUCGUGCCGGGAAACAAGGAUGCGACAUAUUUUUCUGCCUUUGCAUUGCUUGAUAAAACAAAAAAAACGUCACACGAGAAAAUAGAGCUUCAUUACGAUCGGGAAGCAGAUGAUAUUAAAUUUGUUCGGAAUGGUACAUAUAACAGCAAAUGUAAUGCGUCAUCAAUGUUAGUACAUGGGAGACCUUAUCCUUGUGAACUUCCAAUAAGAUAUAACUGUGUUGUGAUUCCUGGUGGUGGUAAAAUAAUUAUACAAAACUGUGGUUUCGGAUCUUAUAUCAAACAGCUGGAGUUUGGCACUGACAAUUUCCUGAGUGUACAGAUCAUCAGAAACUCUAGGGCAAAUAUAACAAACAUUACAGGCCUAGUAGGACAUCGGGAGGAUGGUUUCUACAUUAUGAGAAACAACACAAAAGUUUCUGAAAAUGCACCUGCAUUAUCAUUCUUUCAACUUGGCGAAUCAUGGUCAUUACGGAGUGAGUCGGAGAGUGUUUUCAUGUAUAAACAGACUGGCGAAAAUUUUACAAUUUACAACAAACAUCAUUCAAGACCAGAGUUCCUUGAAGACAAACUUGGCAACUUGACGGCAUUGUUCAAAACCUUUACAGCCGAAAAUAUUUCACUUUUCAACAAAACGUGUAGAAAUUAUUGGAACAAUGAGCCCAAUAAUCAGUGCCUUCUUGCCAUUGCAAGAACAAGGGAUUAUAACCGCGGAUUAGAUGUGAUGCAAGAGGCAAAUGCAACACGUUACAAAUGGGAAAUUCUCCAUAAUGAAGCUCCGAAUGUAUCAUCAGAUUUUCCAAAAAAUAUCACUGUCAAUAUCAAUUCAACAUUUACCAUUAAUCUUACUGAAUAUGUUACGGAUAAUAAUACAUGCCCUGAAAAGCUCGUGUUCGAUGUUGUCACAAAUCUAACAAAGGAAGAGUAUUCCAUUGACAGUGGAAUUUUCACAUGGAACGUUGGCACCGGUUUACGAGAAAUAGACACAGGCAUAAAAUUCAUCGUAUACGACAAAUUUAAUGCUAGCAGCGUUUUCAGUUUCUCAAUCAAUUACUGUGGAUGUAGUGAAGUUUCGUUUUGUUCAUUUCCUAAAUCUAUGGACCAUCCUUCAGAUACUGUGGUGAAAGCCUCAUGUGUUUGUCCAGCAUACGCUAGCGGAAAGUAUUGCGAAGUUGUCAAAGAUGUUUGUCCGAAAUAUAACUGCUACAAUAAUGUUUGUAAUGUGAUGGUUUACAAGUCAAAACCUUCGUGGCCAUGCGGCCCGUGUCCAGAGGGAAGGGAACAUUCGAUGCUUGGAUAUAAUCAGACAUGCACAGGUAACGUAGAAUAAAACCUAAAA